UAAAGCCAUCUCCAAAAGCUUUUACUCCCAAAGCAGAGUUGACCUCGGAGGAGCUACCCUGAAUCCAAAUUCCAUAUCUGAUUUCUUCACAUUGCUGUUCCUCCAUCCUCAACCCAAAUUCCACAUCUGAUUUCUUUCAAUCGUUGCUUCAUUUUUAAAGCUUCAACUUCUGGCGGAACACAGAAGACAAAUCUUGAACCCAAACCGCACAAAUCACCUGAGAAGUUUGAGCCCUAAUCCCAGAAGUCAAUGUCAGACUUCCCACCGGAGAUACUGUUCGACAUCCUAUCACGCCUUCCGCCCAAGGAUUUGAUUCGGUUCCUCUGCGUUUCCAAAGCUUGGAAUGCCCUCAUCCGCCACCACCGCUUCAUCGAAGCUCAUCUUCAACGCUCCAUCCAAACCAAUUCUUUUCGCACCAUUUUACUCGAGUCGAAAGAUGACUACCGCCCAUCAAAUUUCUUUUCAUCGGCUUUCGACGACAGUGAAACGUUCGGGCCAGUCGUCGAAAUUGAGCUGCCGUUGAAAUGCCCUGACGACUAUACUGAGAUAUUGGGCUGCUCAAUUAAUGGUGUGGUUUGCGUUCACAACGGAAUGCGUAAGAAUCUUGCUUUGUGGAACCCGUCAAUUCAAAAGUUCAAGAAGAUUCCUCUCCCAACCUUUGAGAUUGAGCUGCAGGCAUCCUUAUACGGGGUCCCUGAAUAUGGAUUCGGGUACGAUUCAGCUAAUCACGAUUAUAAAAUUUUGGCAAUUGUGAAUUUUGAUUGGACGGAUGAUGCUACCAUGAGUUCUCAAGUCAGUCUUUAUAGCCUAAAGUUCAACUCAUGGAAAAGGAUCCCAAAAUUGCCUUGCGAUGGUUUCUAUGUGCAGAGUUGGGAUGUGGUGUUUUUGGACGGUGCUAUGAGUUGUUUGAUGCGGGAAUCAGAUUCAGAGAAAUAUCGAUGCAAAAUUGUAGCCCUUGAUCUUGCCAGUGAGAAGUAUAUGGAGUUUGGCACCCCGGUGGUGGAUGAGGAUGACAAUUUAAUGAUGAGUUUGAAGGUCUUAGGAGGCUCUCUAUGUAUUUGUGUUCAUCAUUAUUUUGCAAAUUCUGAUAUUUGGAUUAUGAAGGAAUACGGAGUUACAAAAUCUUGGACCUUGCUUUAUUCUUUUGAGAAAGGAGGUAUGCCUCAUGUCGGAUUUGGCAAACCUUUGGUGUUCUCAAAGAACGGUGAAAUGGUUGUUCUUGUGUAUGUAGAGCGGACCACCGUUGUUUUUCGGUGUGAUUUAAAGAAAAAGAGAGCCAAACAAGUUCGAAUUUGUGGUCUGCCAACUUCCUUCGAUGGAACCAUUUGUGCGGGCAGCCUUUCUCUUCUUGACGGCGAUCAGAUGACCAUUGGAAGGCAGCAGUAAGUCCCUUGUAUCUAUGAUAAGUGGACAUUUCAAGCGGUGAAUUUAUCGAUCUGGUAGUCCAAGCAAUAACAAAAGAAAAGAUGAUCCAAAUCUGUGAACUUGUGCGCUCCUUCCCUUAUUCUCGGCUUAUUGAUCUUUGUAAUGAAUCCUUUUCUUAUUAUGGUAACCGUGUGUGUUAGUUUGUUAGUUUGUAAACUUGUGAUGUGAUGUUUUCGUUUUGGUAGUUCUAAGUCUUUGUUUUAUGUCUAUUUGGUGUUAUGGUGUAUGAAUAAUGGUUGAAGUGCUACAAUUUCAUGCAUCUAAUAGACAAUGUUCCUCA